ACCAUCGCUGUGGUGGGAGGAGGCCCCAGUGGCAGAGACAUCGCACGCGACCUAGCCUCCACAGCUACGCAUGUGUACCUGUGCGCCAAUGUACCAGCUGACAGCUAUCUGCGACAACUGGCCAACUGCACUGUCUAUGGGCGGUUGUGUGGUGUGAGUGAGCAGGGUAUGUAA